AUGGAGAGUUUCGGUGCCCUGCGAUUAGAAGGAUCGCUGCUCGAUAGUUUUGUUGGCAGGGUGAACAGCAAGGGACGGCAUGACCUCAAUGUUGUUCUUGUUGCAAAUCCUGGCCGAACGGCUGUGGAAUGGUCGGCUGAAGAAAGAUCUUGGCCUCUUCGAACAAUUCCGGGAAUUACGCCUCAUGCUCGGAUUAUGGAAUUUACUUAUGACAUGAGCCUGAAUCAGUCAUUUUCCUGGAGUCGGUUCAUAGAGCUUGGUGGCAUUCUUGUAGAUUGCCUAGUUCAGAAGGACCAGGAAGUUAAACUGCGAGGGCAACCGUUGAUAUUCAUCUGCCAUGGGCUUGGUGGCACUAUUGUGAAGAGAACCAUCAGCAUCCUCAACGAGCGCUUUUAUGAUCCUUCUUUAUCGGGAUUCCUCAAAGCGGUUUCUGGUUUAGUCUUCCUCGGCACUCCACAUCCGACAUUUAUAAAGGAGCCAGCCCAAAACAGACUCGACAACAUCCUCAGUUCCAUAUCGCGGUUAUCGAAAAAGACGCUGGAAAAUAUCGCCAAGGAAGCGGCUACUGUCUGCAAUGUGUCUUUAAAGUUCGAAGAGGUAUACUUCCGGCACUCAAUUAUUACUGCUUACGAGGGCCAGCCAACCAAAUUCCGUAUCGGAUCUCUUGCUUCAUCGAGAAAGGAAACACUCGUCAAUAGAGCUCUUGCGGCGACAUCGAUGAGCUUUGAGCGUCUCAUCGAAGUGGAUGCGGACCACAUGAAAAUAUGCAAUGUGGUUUCAGGGACCCAAAUAUUUGACGAGGUAGUGUCACUCAUCAGAUUAGCCAUCGAGCGAGCGCAGAAGUCCAUCCUAGAAAAGCGCGAAGGCCUGGAUCCAAAGUGGAAUGCAGACGAUCUGUGGGGAAGCACCCCAGCUGCAUCACAAGUGAAUGCACUUGAAAUCGAUCAAAACCGAAGUGUUCAAGCAAGCCCCAUGGGUGCAACCGCAGGAUCGUCAGAGAUUGAUUUCGAGUUACUUCCAGCCAAGUCGCGUACUAUGUCCACAGCACAGUCGUUGAAGAUACCUUGUUAUAUUCUCGGGCAACAGAGCGCACCAGGUUCCUGUCACGGUCGGGAGUCGAUUCUGAAGACACUAGAUGAAACCCUACUACCAGAUUCACCAUCGCCAAUUACAUUGCCGCAGACUGGACUCAAAACAUUCGCUCUUUGCGGAAUGGGUGGGAUUGGAAAAACGCAAGUUGCAAGAGAGUUUGCCUGGUCACGAAAAUUACACUUUGACGCCGUUUUCUGGGUAAACGCGGACAAUGAGAGCAAACUGGCCGAAGGAUUCAAUCUUAUCGCCCUUGAGUUGGGUUUGACUGACAGUGUUGAUGCAGGUAGUAUGGCCAUCAGCCGAGAUCGGGUUCUUGGAUGGCUCAUUCAACCAUCGAAAUAUCGAGGGGUUGCAGAGAGCGAAAACCUGCACCCAGCAGCGCACGUUCAUUGUAAAUAUCUGUUGAUAUUUGAUAACGCCGAUCGGCCAGAGCUCCUAGCAGAAUAUUGGCCUGCAGCCGGGAGCGGAUCAGUCCUCAUCACCAGCCGAGAUCCAUUGGCAAAAAGCUAUAUCUACUCGACAAGCGGUACCGACUUGGAGCCACUCACCACUGAUGCCGCUGCCCAAUAUUUGCGCUUGAUAACGGGAUACGAAACAAAAGAAGAUGUGGAUCACUCCAUACAUUUAGCUGAACGGCUCGGCGGUCUUCCUCUAGCACUGGUUCAAGUUGCUGGAAUUUUACGGCGCAGGGACUUGUCUUUCAAGGAAUUCGUUACUCAUUACGAAGAUCCUUCGUUCCUGACUGACAUACAUAAGACGACAAUCCGCGGAUUCCAAGGAGACUAUACAAGUACUCUAUUUGAUGUGUGGGCAUUCGAGCACUUGCAGCCAACUACUGUGUGCCUACUUAAUCUCAUUGCUUUCAUGGACCCCGAUAGCAUCUAUGAGUCUAUCUUCGUGGGAUUUGACGCGAGCGACAAGGUAAUUCAAGACAGUGCUCGAGCCAGAAUGCAGGAUGGUUGUGUCAAAGCUUGCCUGGAGAUGAUGUUGGAUGUUUUAGCAGCGGCCUGGCCCAGUGACAAUCUUGCGUUCGGGCACGAGACAGGUUUGUGGAAAGCAUGUUCCAAAGUGCUUCCGCAUAUCGAACGAUUAAUGGAUAUCAGCCCAAAGGUUCGCUUCAUUGAGGAUAAGCCUGAGAAAAAGGCCAAAUUCGGCCGUCUGCUAGUCAAAGCCGGAUGGUUUCAUUUUCAAAAGGGGAACUACGAGCAAUCGAUGCCCUUUUUUGAGACUGCCGAGCGUCUCUGUCAGAAAAAAGAUAUAGAGACGUCCAAAGUUCUUGCCGAUUCUCAUUUCGGAAUCUCUGCCGCUAGCACCUGGCUGAAAGAUUAUGAGCGAGCGCAAUUUCAUUGUGGAGAGAAUCUGAAGUUUCGUCUCACAAUGCCCAACGAUCAUACGCCUCUAGCCAUCGCAUACAGCGAGUUUGCAGCAUACUACCUGGCAGUGGGUAAGUAUGAGGAGGCCGCUCAAUCAGCAAUGAAAGCAAUUGAAACCUACGACAAUGUUGAAGAAAUCCAGAACAACACCUACUAUGCGAUGUUCCCGGCAAUCUACGCGGGAUUUGCGAAUAUCUAUCUCGGAAGACUGGAAACCGCAGAUCGGCUCUUAGUACCUUGCUUGGCGUGGCAGGAGAAAAGAUGGGGCCUGAUGAAUACUGUAUCAUUUAGGACCGGACUCACAAUGUACGCAUUAGGAAACUUACGAGCUGCACAACAUCAGUGGGUAGAGAGUCAUGAGCUUCACAAAAACGCGUAUCUACAAUAUUGUUCGACAAUUGGAAAUAACCAUCCCCAUACGGCCAGCGCGCUCGUCAAGUUAUCGGACCAUUAUGUCAUGCGGAAUGAACUUGCUGCUGCAGAGUAA